AGUUGGUAUUGGAUUGGUAAAGAAACUAAAAAAAGGUGAAAUGUUGAGGUUGAAAAUUAGUGCAGUGCGGUGAUGUAAUAUUGGUACGAUGUUUGAUAACUAAUAAUCACGGUUAUAUUUCUUUGUUUGUGACUUAAUGUAUAUCAAAAUCUAAAAAGAAGUACCACAAUUUUGUGGAUUUAAACUUAAUUAGAAAAAUAUAGUUACUAUUAUUUCUAUUUGAGAAAGAUGUGGAGAGCACGCUUCUUCCCUAUUAAAUACAAAAACUGGCCUGGUUUUUCGAGUGAUAAAAAAUGCUACAUAAACAACACUGCUUCUUGUUAUCAACAAGUAAAAUUAGCUACCAAAUCUUCUGAAUCGGAGUUUCGAGAAGGACAAGAGUUGGAAGGAUUCACUGUACAACAAAUUACAAAUAUACCAGAAUUCCAGUUAAAAGCAAUUCGUCUUCAACAUGAUGAUACUAGGGCUCAGUAUCUACAUCUUCAAAGAGAGGACACAAAUAAUGCUUUUUCAAUCCACCUUCGAACGACUCCUUUUGACUCAUCUGGAGUUCCCCACAUCCUGGAGCAUACCACCCUCUGUGGGAGCAAGAAAUAUCCAUGUCGUGACCCGUUCUUUAAAAUGUUGAACCGAUCAUUAGCUACAUUUAUAAAUGCACAAACCUGGCCUGACUUCACUCUCUAUCCAUUUGCUACACAGAAUCAGAAAGACUAUUACAACUUGAUGUCCGUCUAUAUGGAUGCAGUAUUUAAUCCUCAACUAAAAGAGUCAGAUUUCCGCCAAGAAGGCUGGAGACUUGAACAUGAAAAUGUGGAUGAUCCCAAUUCUCCCAUAAUCUUUAAAGGUGUGGUCUUUAACGAAAUGAAAGGAGCAUUAUCUGAAAAUCAACGAAUAUUUGGGGAAAGUUUGAUGAAUAAAAUUUUACCAAGCCAUACUUACAGUGUUAUAUCAGGUGGAGACCCGCUACAUAUACCUCAGCUAACUUAUGAUCAACUGAAAGCUUUUCAUGCUCAGUAUUACCAUCCUAGUAACGCAAGGUUUUAUUCAUAUGGAAAUUUUUCAUUAAUAAAUCAUUUGAAAUUCAUCAAUGAUAACUAUUUAAGAAAUUAUGGAAAAGUAAAAGAAGACUUUUCUGAAUUUACCAAAGUACCACUUGAAAAAAGAUGGACAUCUGAAAAAAGAGAUCAUGUUUACGGGAAAGUAGAUAAUAUGGCUUCUGACCCUAAUAAACAAUCAACACUAGCUGUAGGAUAUUUGUGUUCUGACAUUAAAGAUGUUAAUGAAACAUGUGUUUUACAGGUUCUGUCAGAACUUUUGACAAGUGGGCCAAACUCGGCUUUCUAUAAAAGUUUGGUUGAACCCAAUGUGGGAUCUAGCUUUAGUUCAGUUACAGGAUUUGAAGGUCAUACCAGAGACACUUUCUUUUCCGUUGGACUACAAGGCCUGAAUCCUAAGGACUUUGACUGGGUUACAGAUACAUGUAAUAAAACAAUUGAUAAAGUUAUUGAAGAGGGUUUUGACCAGAGUCGCAUUGAUGCUAUCAUACACAACAUUGAAUUAAAUACCAAACAUCAGGCCUCAGAUUUUGGUAUGCGAUUUCUUUUUAGUUUGUCAUCUUUAUGGAACCACAAUGGUGAUUUAUUAAAAGCUUUAAGAGUUAAUGACUUAGUUGCAAACCUCAAAACAAAUAUGUCCAAUAACCCUCGAUACCUUCAGCAAAAAGUGGAACAAUAUUUCAAAGUAAAUAACCAUAAGCUAAUUCUAACCAUGACUCCAGAUGAACAGUAUGAUGAAAAGAAAAUGAAACAAGAAAAUGAACUUUUACAGUUAAAAUUAUCUUCACUUACAACCGAAAUGAAAAAUAAACUAUAUGAGGAUGGAAUUAAACUGAGGGAAGAGCAAGACAAGAAACAAAAUGUGGAUUGUUUACCAACUUUAAAAUCAAGUGAUCUAAAAGAAGACAUUGAACGUUCUGGACUAAGAUAUAGUAAACAUGGUGGUGUACCAGUUCAAUUUUGUGCUCAACCUACAAACAACUUGACCUAUCUAAAAGGUAUUUUGGAUACAUCUUUUAUUUCAAAAGAUAUUAAACCUUAUAUUCCACUGUUUACGACUGUAGCAACAAAAAUGGGAACAAAAUAUCACAAUUAUCGAGACUUUGACCAAUUAGCACAGUUAAAAACUGGAGGUUUGAGUCUCUCCCUUCAUCUCUCUGAAAAUAAAAAUGACAGUAACGGUUAUGAAAAUGGUAUCUUGUUCUCAUCAUAUGCUUUAGAUUCAAAUAUAGAGACUAUGUUUUCUCUAUGGGGAGAGAUAUUCAAUAAUGUUACAUUUGAGGACAAAAGUAGACUAGAAACACUAAUGAAGUCCAGUGCAGAUCAAAUGGUCAGUAAUUUGGCUGAUCAAGGUCACUUAUAUGCUAUGGGAGCAUCAGCCGCACUGGUGAAUCCUGCGGCUCUCAGAAAUGAAGAAAACAGUGGUUUAAGAUAUGUCACAUGGCUAUGCAGUAUGGUGCAACAGAACAAAUAUGAUGAAGUUUUGUCCAAAUUAGAUUCUGUUGCUAAGAAUGUGUUCAGUAAAAAGUAUAUGAGAUUAGCUGUGAAUUACUCCCAUGAAAGUAAACAAAAAGUGGAAUCUGCUGUAGAGUCAUUUGUAAACUCAUUACAGGGUUCUUUUGAAAAUACUUUUAUUUCUGUACAUGACAAUGAAAUGGCUGAUAAAAAUCAUAAACUCGGUGUCCAAUUUGAGAUACCACUGCCUGUUAACUAUACUAGCAAAUCCAUACCUACUGUCCCUUACACUCAUGCAGAUUUCGCUCCUUUGAGGAUUCUCUGUCGACUCCUUUCUUCAAAAUACUUGCUACCCAUGGUGCGAGAAAAGGGAGGGGCUUAUGGUGCUGGUGCUCGUUUAACACCUUCAGGUGUUAUUUCUUAUUUUUCAUACAGAGACCCUAAUCCCGCCCAAACAUUUAACACUUUUGAUGACUCAUUAAGUUGGAUAAAUAAAGGUGAUUUUACUGAACAAGAUGUCGAAGAGUCAAAAUUAGGUACUUUCCAGGCCAUAGAUGCUCCAAUUCCUCCAGGUGCACAAGGAUCUAGAGAUUUCAUCUAUGGGAUCACUGAGGAAGAGUUCAAGGACCAUCGUCUUAAGUUGAUGAGUGUGACUAAAGAGGAUAUAGUGAAGGUAGCUUCAAUAUACCUUGAUCCAAACCGUGAUGUCUGUGAAGGAAGGGUUUUGUUAGGACCUUUGAAUGAAGAAGUAAGUAAACGUCCAAGAGAGAAAUGGAUAACUGAAAGGUUGUAGAAACUUCAGUGUAUACAGAAUACUGAGUGUUACUGUAAUAUAGUUUAACAUGUGUAAAUAUUGUUUAUAGUUUAUUACAUUUUAACUUUUGUAUUGCAAUUCACUUGAAAGAAAAAAAUCACAAUUUUAUUAAGUUAAUAUUAUUGAAUAAGAAGGAUAUUAAAAAUAAAUAUAUUAGCAACAUUAAAGUUCUAAUUUAUGUUUCUAUAGACGUAAAUAAAUACAAAACAUAGUAUUAGACUGUUAAAAUCUUUUGUAUUAGAUACAAAAAGCGUUCAAUUAAAUAUUGUGUUGAAGUGC